AUGUUUAGACUUAGAGACAAAGGCAUUGAUGGCCCGGGGCAUUACUUGUGUCUCCCCAAGGAACAAUUUAAUAGCGAAAGCCCCAACGGGACGAAUCUCUGCCUAGUCUACCCAGUACUCGGGCCUACGGUGGACCAGGCUGCCUUAAUCUUUGAAGAGGAGCAGAAUAUUAGUAGCAUUCUUCGUACAAUAUCUCGCAGCAUCGUCGAAGCUUUAGCUAUUCUACACCGUCGUGGCAUCUGCCAUGCAGAUUUUCGCCCGGCAAAUGUUCUUUUGGGGCUGCAGAGCCUCGACGGCCUGGAAGAAGAACAAGUACUUGCACUGCUCGGCGAGCCAGAGAAAGAAACCAUCCAGAUCCAAGAGGACUCUCUCCCGACGCCUGAAAUUCCCUACGCGCCCAAAUACCUUGUCUACCCCGUUGACUUUCGCGACACUAGCCCAGCGUUUAUCCUCCCGCGGGCCGUGGUUAUUGACUUUGGUCAGGCUGUUGAAACCGCCGCCGAGGAGUCACCGCCCGGCAUACCGGUCAACUACGCAGCACCAGAGGUGAUUCUGAAGGGUUCUGGCGGCCAAGAGAUGGAUCUAUGGUCUUUGGCUUGUACCCUAUACGAAGUCCGAGUCGGUCAACAAUUAUUUGAUGUACCUCAGCUGAUUGGAGUAUCGGAGGGAGACUACGAGGAGGAGAUUUCCUCUGUCCUGGGAGAACCCGGACAUGGUAGCUCUGACCAGGCAAUUGCUCGCGAGAUCUGCAAGAGGGCUUUUGGCGACAAUGUCACGCCGGAACAGGGGCAGUGGGCGGAGAUGCUGGCGAGCUUGCUAAAGUACGAGCCGGGUGAAAGGCUCAAGGCACAAGACCUGCUGAACAACGCAUGGUUUGGGCAAGGUUGA